AUGGAAGCGGGGCAAGCGUCCUCGAGCGACGUGGCGCCAUGGUGGUGGUCACACCGCAGCAUUGUCGAAGAGGCAGAGCCUCUCGACGCCACGGCCGACGACGCUGCCGCAAGCUGCCUCUCCGCCAUCGUCAAGCAGACAGCGAAUCAUGUUCUCGCUUACCGGAAUGUCCUUCUGGACACGGUCAGUGUUGUACAGGAUGCACAAGAGGGCAGUGCCACCAGUGGGUCCCAACACAGCAGUGACGCUAGCCACAUCAGCCUCUACCAACACAUGAAGUGGGAUGGCGUCCUCCUGCCCCUUCUCACGCAACUCCGGAAGUGCAUGGCCCGUGCCUGGGAAGAGCGCGCCGCCGAGCAGGCAGAGCAGGCUGCUGAUGGCAUGACGCCGAUGUCCGCGUCGGGGAUGGGAAGAGGCAGUUUCAAGGUCACGCCAACUGCCCACAUCGACGCUGUUCAGGCCCGCCGCCUGCGUGCCGUGCAGCAGCAGAUCUACCUCGCUUUCCUCAACGCGGUCCUGCAAGGACUCACAGACGGCGCGCGCGCCGCCGUAGUAACGGGGGUAGAUACGAGUAACUCCGCAGCAUGUGAGGAAGGAGGCAGUGCGGACGCACAACCGGGUUCGAGCUCCGAGACGGCAGAUGCAGCGCCAGCAGCACGAGCUCUGUCACUGCUGAUGGACAGUCUUCUCACCCAUGUUCUCAGUUUUGCGACCUCGGGGACGGUGGUGACAUCGCCACAGACGGAGACGGAGGACACUACAAAGCCCCGCCGCGGACAGCAUCGCCGCACCUUAGCUCUUACGUGCACUCACACCGGUGACUGGUUCACUGGUAUGUUGCCGCUGUACCUGCGCGCUGCUUACCAACAACAACAACAACAACGUGCUCAUGAUGGUGUCGCCGAGCAAAAAGGGGCUGCAUCGGCGUCCAGAUCCGCUGCGUUGAUUCCCUCACCUGCUCUCUGUCUUGUGAGCUACAUUGGUGUCUUCGUGCAAGGAGCAGGCCUGCAGCUUUUCCCAUCGGAGCAGGAGGCAUACCUGCCCUGUUUCAACCGCAAGGUACUCUCGCUGUUCAGUGAUCAGAUUGAAGGCUUUGUGCAAGCCGCCGUCGAGCAGUCUGAGUAUGUGGCCGCUGGUAUGACCAGCACGGAUGCAGUGGCGGUGGCGGCGGCGCACAUCCGCUAUGCCGGCGACGUGUUGAAGGCCAUCAUCGACAUGCAGCUCUACAGCGAGGACAACGCCACGGAAGUAGGAGAGGAUGACUGUACGAUGGUCUAUGCUGCCCUGCCGUGCCCGCUGGCGCUGCGUGCACAGACGCAACAAUCAGAGAAACGAACUGAGGUGGAUUACAGUGUGGCCCCUCUUCUCGCCCUUACCUCCUACAAGGUAUGUGAGCGGCUUCUUGGGCUGAUGAGUCGCUGGUGGGUCACGUGCGAGCGCAUGGCGCGGCACGCACGCACGUGUGUGGCUGCCGCGGCACGGCGUAUGGAUGAAGACAAUGUCGAGGGGGAAAAGCAGGAGCAGCAGCAGCAGGGUGCCGAUGGCCCCACCAGUGGCAAUGACACGAGCCACCUCGCAGAACUCGAGGACGUGUGGCUGGGGCUGCGCAAGCAGGCCAUGAGCUUCACACUCGUCCUCAGCACCUACAGUGAAACGACGCUCCUGAUAGUCCCGUACACAGCUCUCCUCACAGACCUCUUUUUCACGCCUGCGCCGGAUAGGUCUGCGCCGUCCGGUGCGCAGCAGGCGCCGCUUUCGUUGGAGACGUGGAAGAGCUGUAUCCGUGAGUUGCACCGCGUCACGCAUGCCAGUCAGGACGGCAGCUAUGCUCUCUUCACGCACACUGCCUGCGGGGCACAUCGGCAGUUGCGCAUGCACCACUGCCAUGUGCGGGACUGCACAUUUGCCGCGGCGUGUUUCUCUCGUGCGAUGGUUUGCCUCAGCGACCCCUCGACAGGUGCGCAUGUGUCUGGGUGUGCCACAGAAGUUGGAACGGAUCGCCAAGUCCACAGUAGCGGGCCACACAGCCUUCUACCACUUGCCUUUGCCGCACUUCAGCAGCCGCUGUCGGUAAUGCAGGAGCACGUGUUCCACCCGCUUCUCAGAGUAAGCAGUGUGACGCUGAGCGUCCGUGCCGAUGCGGUGGUGCGUGAAAAGGGCGGCGCAGGGCAGCAUGGCGCCACACCAGACGCGUCCAGUGCCACGCGUGUCGAAGCCCUGACGGAGAACCCGCUGUCUGCUGUGCAGCUUGUGGAACUGUACUUUCCUCGCCACUACCGAGUCAUGUCAGCCCUGGAUCAGGCCAUGCAGUACGUGCUGGAUCGCUUUCAGGCGCUCGCCAGUAACAACACAGCUCUAGAAGAGACGGUUGACAGUGAUGUCGCGAUGGCGUGGGCGUCGCCUUGCUCCCUCCCCGCAACGCUCACGAGGUUUUUCGGCGCAACGAUGGAUGAAGCCUGCGUCUCACGAAUGCGCAACACAGGUGACGAGGUGGCCACAAGCGAACUCCUCAUGUUCUUUGCGGCCGUCUUCCGCACGCUGCCACCCACGGUGCUGCCUCGCGUGCGAGCGGCACUGGAGACCUUCCUCGGCGAGGGUGGGUGUAAGACGAUGGAGUAUCUGCGGCAUCACAUUAUUGAUCAGCGCCGCCACGGCCUCGCCGCCUUCUUUUUGCCGCCGCUGCGCGCCAUGGCGCUCGACUACGCCACCGCAGAAGACGCAGACGUGAGCCUUGCGCUGGCAGCCAAGUACCCCUCUGGCUGUGCAAUGGCGUAUGCGUGGGAAUUGCCCCGGCUGUACUUCUGGCGAGUCGAAGACACGCCAGUGGUGGCGGCGGCAUGGCACGCUCACUCGGCUGCGCAGCGGUACCUGUGCGAGCUUGUCACGGCAGACUCUGCCAUUUCCACCACGUCCACCCCCCCAUUCCUCGCCAUCCUGCAGGGGGCAGCAGUAGUGGUGAGUGAGCGGUCUGCGGCGCCGCACGAAAGCGCCAAGACGGCGUCGGGGCUGUUCUGGACGCGAAGCCUGGCGAUUGAUGUGAUGGGCUCUGUCUUCUUCGGUAUGUGCCGCUGGUGCGCGCUGCAGCUGAGCGCGUCGUCAUCAUCGCUCUCUGCGGAAGCGGCGGCGACGGUGAUUCAACAGCUGUGUUGUCCGCGAACGCCGUCGGUGGAGUUGUCGUCGCCCCACGCUGUAGCGCAUCCCUUUCUUCUCUCUCUGCGAAAUCAUGUCAAGGCGCAGGUGGGCAACAAUCUGGUGGACGCUACUGAAGUAGAGGGCGCCGUCGUCAGCAAAGAGAACGCCGAAGAUGUCGACGUGCCCAGCGUUGCGUCUCCGUCCCCGUCACAGCAGCUGUUGCGCAGCCAGCACUGCUGGAUCUCCUGGUUCUGGGCCUGCACCUACGAGGAGGUGGACUCCACCGCACGCGUGCAGGCGGCCGCGAAAAGACUCCUGCGGGAGUUCUCUGCGGAGUGCGGGUCACACGCGCCGACGAAGACGCUCCUUGGAAUCCGCGCGAUGGUGGAGCAGAUGAAAAAGGAGACAUCCGACGCAGCCGUGGUGGCGGGCGAACUACAAGAAGCCCUCCGCGGCGACCUACGCGCGUUGCUGUUGCUGCAACAGCAACAAGAACAAGCUGAAAACGAGAAGGCCACGACCGUCGCAUCCACCGAGGACACGGAGGCCGCGGCCACGACCACCAGCUUCGCCGCCGCCGCUGCAGGAGCCGUUCUUAAGCCGGUCACACUGCGUGGCUACCUUGAUCAGAUACACGAGGCCCUCGCUCAGCGUGCACGCGUCUCACCAGUCGACGGCGCCAUCAGCGCCGCCACGCUCGGCCAUCUCCUGCACGCCCUCAGCGACCCGCACCUGCCCAUCACAAUGAGCGCUCAAGAGCGGCAGCGCAUGUGUCAGCGCCUCUUCUUUACGCUCGCAAACUCGCUGGCGGAGUGCACCCGCACCGAAGCACUGUCCUGCGUGUGCUGUAUGCGGUGUGUCCUGCAAGACAUCGUGCUCCCGUAUAAAAAGAGCUUCCUGACUGAGGCCAGCGCAGCGCGCGUGUAUCACCGGUGCCUCUCCGACACGGAGGCAGACGCGUUUCGCAUGGUGCAACACAUGUGCGACGACGUCAUCAUGGCCGUGCAGAGGAUUGCGCUGCGGAGCGGUAUUCUUGACGAGUGGAAGAUCGUGCUGGUGUUGCAGCACCUCGGCGAUCCACUGUCGCUCGUGCGCAGCACAGUCGAGAAGCUGCGCAGCACAGUAGAGAAGCUCACGGCCCGGCGCAGAGGUGUCAUCAUGGAUGUCAUCGCGCAGCAGCUCGCAAUCGUGAAGAAGAGCGCGGCGCGCACCGGCUGCGGUGUCGCUGAUGACGUUCACUGUCUCUUCACUCUUCAUCCACCGUCACCACCUUUCUCUUUGCCUGCGGCGGCUAGUGCAAAGGCUGCGGUGAGAGCAGCAGAAGCCCUCACGACCUCCUCAUCCGCCGCCGCCAUGCCUGCGGAGCGUAGUGGCAGCGGCCAGAGAAGGCACGGCGACCGUCGAGAGAAAGAGCGGCGCAGCGAGAAGGACCGCAAGAGGGAUCGGGACGAUAGUGGUAGUGGCGAUAGUAGCGAGCACCCCUGGAAGAAGUCUCGUUAUAGGGAAAGCAAACGGCAUCGUACCGACUUCAAGCGCACACGGCACUGA